AUGGCGACGGUGAGCGUGACGACGAGCUGGUUGCACGCAGCAGCCACAGAUUUCCGAUGCUCAGGGCGUGAUACUUGGAGGUUGUCUACCCAACAUAUUCGGUUUGAGGGAGGAUCGAUGUCGACGCUGGAGACGCUGGAACUGAGGUUUGACUACAGGUCAACGCAUGCGACGGAGUGGAGCAUCGUUGGCAUGGAGCAGCUGACGAACUUGAAGAAGGUUACGCUUGAUGGUAACAAGGACAACCCUGCACUAAUCCACGCGGUCGAGCUGCUAAGGGCUGACGGCAGUGGUGGUGGUAGGCUCUCUACUAGGUCCAAGAACAACGAAUUCCAUGCUUGCAGUGAAAUAUCGGUGAUUGUUUCAAUAUCUGUUGCAAGCUUUUCCGCUUGA